AUGCCGGCAUGGCAAGUGUGCCCACAGCAACGGGGGCAUCGUCAUUUCGGAUGGGAUGGCAUAGAGCCCAGCCUUCGGGGCUGUAGCGAGAGCCUGGAGACGGAGACGAACAGGAACUACGAGGCAGACAGGAUUGUGCAGCAAGACGAUUGGACUGCGGCGUCCUUCAACCGGCUUGGUCACAGGCACCGGCCUGCUGCCAAUUCUGGUGGCCAUGCCGACGCACAAAACCACACAGGCCGGUUGACGUGGGCACAUCAGAUGCCUUACUCCAGACUGCCUGUGUGCCUGUGUGCAAUGGUGUGUAGGUCCUCGGAACCUGCAACCAGAGGUGAACUGAAUUGUGUUUGGACAGACAGACGGACAAAACUAGCGCUGGUGGACCAGUCGAGAUUACUGUGA